AUGGAGAGUGGACAGUCUAGUCAAUCAAAAGGAAGUAGAAGGGUGUGGAAAGCACAUGAGGAAGAAGCAUUGUUGACCAUACUUGAGGAUGUAGUCAACCGAGGUUUACGAUGUGAUAAUGGUUCCUUUAAAUCUGGAACAAUGAUCCAAAUUGAAAAAUCAUUGGCUGAGAAAUUUUCCAAUACUGAUUUAAGGGUAGUCCCACAUAUUGAGUCCAAGAUGAGAUUUUGGAAAAAAUUGUAUGGGAUAAUAUUUGACAUGAUUAACAAAAGUGGUUUUGCUUGGAAUGAUUCUUUGAAAUGCAUUGAGGUUGACAGCGAUGAAGCAUGGAACACUUAUGUGCAGCAUAACAAGGAUGCUGAUGGUUGGAGGGGGAAACAAUGUCUAAUAUAUGAUAGGUUGAAGAAUGUAUUUGGGAAGGACCGAGCAACUGGUAGAGGGUUUGCAACUCCCACUGAAAUGAUGAAUGAGCCUGUGCAUCACAUUGAUGUCAAUAAUGAUGAUGAGGAAGUUAAGGUUGAACCAGAUCAUUCUACCUCUUUGCCAAGAUCAAAUCAACAAAACUCAGCUAGCUCAAGUAGUCGACAUCGAAAACGAAAUGCAGAUACUGAUAUUCAAAAGGAAAUGGCUAAAGCAUUUGGUGAGAUGAUUUCUGAAGUCUAUUGA